CAUCAUAUUCUCUUUGUUAGAGGGAGGGAGGGAGGGAGGGAGAAUUCUGGAGUCUUGAAAUGGUGGAUCUCCAGAAGGUGUGUUGCAUGUGCGGCGAUGUGGGUUUUCCUGACAAGCUCUUCCACUGCAACAAAUGCCGUCACCGCUUUCAACACUCAUACUGCAGCAACUAUUAUAGCGAAUUAGCGGGGCCAAUAGAAGUGUGCGAUUGGUGCCAAAGCGAGGAGAGAAGUUCCAGCAAACACGGGAGCUCUUCCAAGAAAACAACCACUGGACACGAAAGCGGCGGAGCCACAAGGCGAUCUGAAUAUUCCGUUGACAAAAUCAAAAAUCACGAUCGCGAAGAAAGCCCCGGCGGGGGAGGCAGCGCAGAGAAGGUCAGGAGCCCCCGCGGCGGCGUGCCUUCUCCGCGGCCCGGUACAAGAAGGUACAAGCUACUCAAGGACGUUAUGUGCUAAAAAGGAAGAAUAAAUACAAGUCAAAAACAAAAUCUUCAAACAAGAAGAAGAAGAAGGAACAAGGAACUGGGUUCUGAUAGCAGUAAUAAGUGUCAAUUGUAAGCUUUUCUUUGCGUGGUUUUCUUUUGUGUUUUUUGGGUGCUGUGUCUUCUAUUCAGUAAAUUGUCAAUAAAAUAGAAUUUUAUGAAUCCAAUCGGUAGCAAACUUCUCU